AUGGACCACGGGCUUCUCCUUUACAUUGGGUCGCAGCUUGACUUUGACACGGAGCAAAGUUCUACUGUAAUUGGAGCGAGUUGUGUUGGUAGUGAUGUUGAUGCUGUCUUAUUGGUUCCUCAUUUCGUUGAACAUGAGGAUUUCUUCUCUUCUUUCAUUCAAACACUUAAGGAUCUGAAUGUCGAAGACUUAUUAGGUGUUCCAGAGACGUUAGUUCCUCUAAUAAAAAUGAAAUUUGAAGGAAUCGUGAUUGACAUGGCUAUGAGUCGAUUAAACUCCUCGACGGUACCUGUUCCUUUGGAUUUCAAUCAACCUCCUGAGGAACUUUACUUUGGCGUAGAUCAUGCAUCGAUACGAGGUCUUUCAGGGGUGCAUCUUGCGCGCGAGCUGAGGGAGCUCGUGCCUUGUUACCCAUCUUUUAUCCAAUUGAUUAAGGCUAUAAAGCUGUGGGUAUCACGAAGAGCCAUCGGCCAGUAUGUUUACGGAUUUCCUUCAAGUAUUGCCUGGACAAUCAUGGCUGCUUACAUAUGCAAGAAAGUCCAUUCCAAGGUUAGAUUAGCAUUUAUGAAUGUUUCACAUGUAAAUCUAUACUAUUUUGGCUUGCAUUAUGCACGAAAAAAUAUGGGACUUUAG